GUCGUGCGAGUCAUCUUCAACCAUGUAACAGCCAGAUAACUGUCAAAGAAACAUUCACAGAAACACCUGAGCUCUCUCACAGCCUCAGAAGCUUCCAAGCAUCAGGAUGUAAUGUGGACAGGAUUGGUCAACAAGUUUUCGCUCGCACACCUGACGAUCACAAAUCUGCACCAUCAGUUGAGGACAUGCGGUUCCUCCAAAUAAUGGACUCUGAGUUCUACCAGGACAGUGACAACAGCUGGGUUGGUCCACUGCCCUUUCGGUCGCCACGACAACGUCUACCCAACAACAGACAGCUGGCUUACGAUCGUCUCAUGUCACUCAGGCGCUCUCUAGGAAAGCGGCCUGAAAUGAAAGCACAUUUUCUGGAGUUCAUGGAGAACAUGCUUGCUAGAGGUCAUGCAGAGGUCGCACCAUCUCUAGCCCACAAUCAGGAAUGCUGGUACUUACCUUUGUUCGGGGUUUACCAUCCCAAGAAACCCACAAAGAUUAGAGUCGUGUUUGACUCAAGCGCCCCCUAUGAAGGGGUCUCUCUCAACGACGUGCUACUCACAGGCCCUGACCUUAACAACAGUCUCGUCGGAGUGCUCAUGAGGUUCAGAAAAGAACAAGUAGCCGUAACCGCUGACAUUGAACACAUGUUUCACUGUUUAGUUGUUAAAGAGAGCCACAGAAACUUUCUCCGCUUUUUGUGGUACAAAGAUAACGACAUGUCCUGCGAAAUAAUUGAGUACCGCAUGCGUGUGCACAUCUUCGGGAACAGUCCCUCCCCCUCU